GCCAGGGAUCGGGUGCCGCUCUCCUUUGCAGAGGAAUGUCGCUGCUGUGUGUCUGUGUGUCAGGACCACAGACUGGAUGGAGGUCUGAACAGAUGCUUUGAGUAAAAGAUGUCGGGACGGCAGUUUGCUGACAUAUUGAAUAACCACGAUGCUUAUAUCAACAUGCUAGUUCCCUCCACUACUGACUGUCAAGCAAGAACAUUAGUCGAGGUCUAAGAGAACAACUGCCUAAUUCAGAGAAAAUAUUCAGUAAUUUGGCAUCAGAUUCGCUUCUAAGCAUGGACCCUUGAAUUCCUCAGCCAGCAGCACACACUGGUUGUCUAUACCGUCAGUUGUGGUGUGACAAAUUGUCCGGGGAGUUCCACUGUACUACCACUCGUUUCUUUACAAGCUUUUGAAGCCUCGUGAAGAUGUUUUCAGCACUAAAGAAGCUGGUGGGAUCUGAGCCAGGCCAGCUCAGGGACAAGAAUAUUCCGGCUGGCCUGCAGUCAAUGAACCAAAGUCUGCAGAGGCGCUUCGCCAAGGGGGUUCAGUAUAACAUGAAAAUAGUCAUCCGGGGUGAUAGAAACACUGGAAAGAGUACUUUAUGGCAUCGACUGCAGGGCAAGAAGUUUGUGGAGGACUACAUACCCACUCAGGAGAUCCAAGCCACAAGCAUCCAUUGGAAUUACAAAACUACUGAUGAUGUCGUCAAGGUGGAGGUUUGGGACGUGGUUGACAAAGGCCAAAAAUAUCCUCUUCCUGAAGGUGUAGGAAAAGGCAAAAAGCGAGGAGACAACUUGAAAAUGGAGAAUGAGCCCCAAGAGUCAGAUGAUGUGGCCCUGGAUGCUGAGUUCCUGGAUGUAUACAAGAACUGCAAUGGAAUCAUCAUGAUGUUUGACAUUACCAAGCAGUGGACAUUUAACUACAUCCUGAGGGAACUGCCCAAAGUACCCACCCAUGUGCCGGUGUGUGUUUUGGGAAACCACAGGGACAUGGGCGAGCAUCGUGUCAUCCUCCCUGAUGAUAUAAGGGACCUGAUUGCUGGACUGAACAGACCAAUGGGAUCCUCUUACAUCCACUAUGCUGAGUCGUCAAUGAAGAACGGCUUUGGCCUGAAAUACCUGCACAGAUUUUUCAAUAUCCCCUUCUUGCAGCUACAGAGAGAGACCCUCCUGAGGCAGCUGGAGACCAACCAGUUGGACAUGGACGCCACCUUGGAGGAGCUCUGUGUCCAGCAGGAAACUGAGGAUCAAAACUAUGAGAUUUUCCUUGAGAAUUUGGAGACUCGCAGUAAAAGCUAUGGCUCUCCUGGUCCAGCCAACGGGUCCUCCUCAGGCUCCCAGUCCCCCAUUGUCCCUCCCAGUGGGGCCUCAACAGGCAGCUCCAGCCCCAGCACCCCUCAGCCCCCCAUCCCCUUCCAAGUUAUCCCACAGUCACCGUCUGUGUCAGUGUCCUCUCCGCCACCUCCCACGGCGGUGGUUAGCGGGGCAGCUUCACCUACUGCUGAGUCAAAACCAUCAGCUCAGUCUCCCGAGCACCAACAGGCCUCCGCAGCAUCUAGUGGGUUGUCCUUCCAGAAACGCAGCUUCAUCUCUCGCUGGUUUGGUCCAUCAGCUGCUGCUGAUGCUCCUGUUCCUGCGUCAGAGGACCCUGCUGCACCGGUGUGUCCUCUUAAGGUUCAGAGUGUGGAUGAUUUUGUGCCAGAUGAGAGACUGGACAAGAGUUUCCUGGAUGACAGCCUGCCCUUGAAGAACAGGGUUCCUCAACCUGCACCCUCUCGAGCUGUGGACAGUGACAGUGAUGGUGAAGGCAGAGGAAACCCCAUGGUGUCUGGUUUCCAGGAUGAGCUUGACCCUGACAGCACUGAGCCCAGUCUUCCUCAGCCUAAGACCCUGCCUCCCAGUAAAGAUAUCACCCUAACCAGUGACGAGGAGGAGGGAGUACCAGCAGCCCUCACCAUCACACAGGACGAAGACCUGGACAGUGAACCUGAACUGAAGGGGCCUGUGGUUCAUAUCACAAAACCAAAGUUGACAUCUAAAGCUCCAGAGCCCAGAGGCCAGACCACAGCGCCCAUCUCCCUCACUUUAAUCCCAGCAACAGAGCAGCCAGCCCGACAAGGCAAGAAGAAGGGAAACACACCCAAAGCUGAGGACUCUGACACAGACCCUGAAGCCCCUGUCGCCCAGCAAAUGGUCUCUUUUGUCAUGGAUGACUUUGAGUCUGAAGCAUCAGACACACCAAAAAUAGCAACGCAUGCAUUUCCAAUCAGGGAUGAGCUCCUGUCCGAUCUCUCUGAUGAUGACAUGCAGAUAGCCAAAGUGCCUGAACCUCUGAAGCCCACUGUGAUCUCCUUUAAACAAAAGGACGAUACCGAUCUGUUUGGCCUCGGCAUCCAAGAGGAGGCUCCAGCAGCCAAGGACAGCAGCGAGGAACAGGAAGAGAAAGAAAGCAAAUACUCAAAAGAAAAAAAGAAAAAGAAGAAGAAAAGCAAAGAGGAGGAUGAUAAAACCAAGAAGAAACACAAACACAAGAAAAAGGAAAAAGAAGAUGCUGCUACAGAAGAUGACAAAGAGAAGAAGAAAAAGAAAUCCCGGACCAAGAAAACAGAAGUGGAUGAACUGGAGGACUUUUUGGGCGGAGGAGCAGGAUUGAUUAAAAGAGAUGAUGGGGAUUAUGAAGAACUAUAAAAGUUCCUGUGAAUUAGGAAAUGGAGCCACUGAACCACAACAAGGGACAUGGUUAUUUAAAAUCUCCUGGUUCCUUGACUUGUAUGUGCAAAAAGCAGCAUCUCCAAGCCAUACACAAUACGCAAGGCUACCAACAACACCCAGGUAAAAUAACCAAGGACUCUGGUUCCUGUAUGUUCCUUCUGACUGAUUUUCCUAAUCUGCACGUCUGCGGCCACUUCCAUUCCAACCAGUAAGAAAAGGCAAGGACGCCCACAUGUACUGUAGUGAGCUGUGGCGUAAAAAAAAAAAAAUUGUUCUUUGUACUUUGACAUGAUUGAAUAUAUUGGGUAUUUGUCUUUGAUUUGAUACAUUCUCCAAGUGAUCCACUUCAAAUUAAGCUGCUGUAAAUAAGGAUAUCAUUGUGUCUUAGUGUUUGUGUGGUUGGUGUAAUAAUUGAGAGCAUGCUCAAAGUGAUGACUGACUCCUUAGAGACUCCAUACUGUUCAUUUUUCUUUUUCUAUUCCCUGUUGUUAGCUGAAAUGGGUUUAAGCAGUUCUUUAGUCUCUCUAAAUAUGAGCAAUGACGAAUAGUCCCAAGUGAUUUGAUAUGAGAAUCUCGUUGAUUACUAAUAGAGGAAAUGACUUCUCCUCUUUGUUCACACUAAGCCGGCUCCAUUUUCUCUCCUGUGGUUCUAUGUCCACACUAAACCCAUUUUUAUCCAAAUGUGUUGCCCUCAAACAGUUGAUAAAUCUUGAGACAUCUGAGUGAAGACUGACAGGCUGUGUCUGUGUGGUAAAAGAGUCAAGAAGACACCUUUCAGUUGCCUUUAUCUCUCUGAUGACCUUUUUAUUUAAUUGACACAGAUUGUCAAAAGGCUGCUUGGUCCGACUUUCUCAUGGUAAUAGUGAUUGCACUAACUUUGAGGGUGAGCAGAACAGGAAAUACAAGCAGGUUAUUUUAACAAACCGUAAUGAAAUCACUAUUUACAUUAAGAAAAUAGAAAUCCACAAAAACGCGGUGAGUCAAGUGCUCGAUUCUAUUAAUACUUCCAUUUACGGCUGGAAUUCAAGCCAAUAUCUUAUCUCCUGUGGCCAAGGAGGUUGUUUUUGUCUGCAUUUGUUUCUCUGUCUGUAUGUCUGCUGGUUAGCAGGAUUAAGCAAAAACUACUGGAUGGUUGAAGGAUUUAGCAUGGGUCUGGAGAGAAGGCACUACAUUUUCGUGUGGAUAAGGGGAGAGAUCCAGUUUUUUUUUUCCACUUUAAUGUUAUAAGAGCAGCAUUUUUCAUCUUUAUCAUAGGUUUGUCUGAGAACAAUUCAUGCAUUUUAAUGGGCAAAAUGAGCCAUGUUUAGGGGACUGAUAUCUAUGAGUGUGUGCAAUGUGGUGCAGAUCCAAAUAAAAGUCUGGAUGUAGUGAAUUUGGUUUUAUAAGGAGACUUUUGGGCCUUGACGGAUGUAUAUGCUCGACUGUGUCUCAUUCUAGUUUUCUAUAAGCCAGACUGCAUGCGGAGUUGGUCAGGCUCAGACUGUUAGUGGAUCUCAUGUUUCCAUUUAGUCUCAGUGUGAAUGGAAAUGUUUUACAAAAGCUCUAACGACACGUAUUGUUUUCACACCUUUUUGGAAAUUAGCUGGCUUAGUGUGGAUCUAGUGAAACUAAUGACAGUCUCCAGCACAGUGUAGGCCUUUGUCACCACCUGAAGUUUCUUUAGCUGCUACAAACUAUCUUCUUGCCCUGCACCAUGCACGCCUCUCUGCCACGCUACACAGGCUAGAUGCUGUACAAGUCCUCUUCAUGUUUUACACUGUUGCCUUGACGGAGGUUACUACAAAGGACUGGUGUGCCACUCUCCUCAUGAACCAUUAUUAAGUGUUCUUAAUGUAAACAGUUUGGUAAUUGGUGGGCUUAAAAAUAUCCUACAGCCUUUUUAGUUGUUGAACAGAAUCUGUCAUCCUGUUGUAAGAUUGCAGUGAAUCACUACAUGUUUGUUGGUCUUUUUGUUUAUUUUUGUUUGAUUCUCAGCAAACAGCAACAACACCAUUCCUUUAAACAGAGUAUUCUUUUUCUGUAAGUGCAGCAUUUCCAAAACUCUUUAUUCUUGUUUUAUUUAUUGCUUUGGUUUUGUUGUUGUUCUGACGUGUCAGUUUUGUUUGUGUGAUUUGUGCUGAAACUAUCAUCAACAGUCCAAAAAAUCAUGUCGCUUUUCUUAUGGUAUACACUUGUUCACAUUUGCGAACUUUGUCCUGUUAACUAUUCUCCAACAGUUUGUCGCCACUUCUUUUGGGAGGAUAAAUACAGUGAUAUGAACUUCCACUCUUCUCAUGUGUAACUUCUUUUGUCCAGACGCCUCAAACCGUGGCUUAGACGGAGAUGACGUUCAGUAUCUUCCAUGAACUGCAUCACCAAAAUGUUUCAAAUGAGUAAAGUCUUCUUGCAUCUAAGAAAUAUAAUGUGUAUUUUUAGACCCGUUUUGACAAGUGACAAGUGCACAUGGUUACACUGUUGGCUUACAAAGAAAUAAUGUUUGAUAUUCCAAAAUUGAAACUAUGCAGCAUUGAUCCUGAAUACUGUACACUUUUUUUUCUUUUUUCUUUUCUGGUCUGUCAUGUGAUUGAGGAUAAAUGCUGAUAGCAGUUUCAAGCUAAGCAUGAGACUUAAAUGUACAGUAAAAAGAGAAUGUAUAAAGUAUAUAAAUGAAUAUAUAAAUAUAUAUUUGAAGAGCUUUGUUCCAAAAUGUUGUCUACACCAUGCAGAAACAUUGUCCCUGAAAUCUUAUCAAAUGGUUUUAACAGGAAAUUUCCAGAUGGGAUAGGUUACUAGAAAUCAUGUUAACUCAAGUAAUAAUGCACUAAUAUUAUACACUCAGUUGUCAGUUUACACAUUUAUAUAUAGCCAAUAUGUUUGCAGUCUUAAUGGACUUCAUAAUGUUGAGUUUGUGUGGAUAUUGUUAAAGAUGUCAGUCAUCAGUUUGUGAGAUGCUGUUGAACCACAUUGUAUUAUGUAGUUUUAGCAUGGUGUUCCUAAUCAACUGAGUGUAUAUCAGAAAUACUGGAUUUUAGAUUUUUUUUCUGCAUGGGUAUAUCAUAUUUAGGAAUGAAAUCCUUAAUUUAAUUUUCACUCCAUAACAUGUCUCAAUUUACACUGUGUGCGAGUUUGCUUAUGUUUCGUUUUUCCCAUAAAUGCAAACAUUUCUUCAUAAA